AUCCUCGAUUGAGCUGCCAGGACAUAGAUAUGCGAUUCCUUGUUGAUUGGUUUCCGGCUCUUGGCUUGAGCUUGCUGGGUGCCAGCGCCGUGCACGCGGUCGACUUGAGCCAGUAUGCACAGGACCUCUUUGAUGAGGCCAUGCCAAUCCAGGAUGCUAUUUAUGACCCCGUUGCCUCUUAUUUGCACUAUUUCUACUUUCCACUUGCCGCGGGCCCCCAUGAGACCCGAUCAACUGUCUGGUACUCCGCGGGUUUGCUCCAGCGCAACCAGGGAACCGAUGCCCAUGAAGCUGCCACGAUCCUAGAGAAAAUCAUCGGGGACCAGGAGAAGAACACCUCGGUGCAAUGGUACGGAGACUACACUGUCUACCCGGAACAGCCCACCGUGGGGACUCCCGCGUACCCACCCGUGAUCUAUAAUUCCUGGGAUCCCAACUGGCGAGGUUUCAUCGGGACUGCCUUGAUCGUCAUAUAUGAGGAGUUUGGGGAUCUCCUUCCAGCACACACCCAAAAUCUGAUUCUCGAGAGCCUGUACAACAACACCAUCGGGGACAGUUAUCGCGUGGGCGGCGUCGACGGCGACAACCUGUACCCCGCGUACUCGAACGCGUGGCUCAUGCGAACGGUAGUCACCUCCUGGACCGGACACAAAUUUCAGGACGCGAACAUGACGAUAUCCGGAGACACUUACACGCGCGAGUUCCUCGCCCUCUUUGACCGCAACGGCACCCUCUCCGAGUUCAACGGCCCGACCUACGCAGGUGUCUCCCUGUACGCCCUGACCAUCGCCGCCAAGUAUCUCGGAAACACCAACGCCACCAUCGGGCAGAACGCAGCCCGCGUAAUCCGGGAGAUCUGGGAUUACGAGUCCCUGCUGUGGAACGCUAAUAUGCGCAACUUCGCGGGUCCCUGGGACCGUUCCUACGGGUACGACAUGAACAAGUACGUGGCCAUCAUGGCAUCGUGGGUGUGGUCCUUGGCCGGAAAGACGGCAGCCUUCCGGGAAACCUCUCCCAUCUGGACGAUGACACACGCGGAUGACUUCGAGCUUGCGCCCAUCAUCGCCAUCCUGUCUGAAUUCCAUUCCACCCUCGUAUCCGACACGGUCCGGUCGAGAUUGUCCUCCUUUCCCGGUGAACACACCUACACCGGUCACACCUACGCUCCCCCAGCGGACCUGGAGCCGCGAAACAUCACAACCUGGCUCUCGUCCAACCUCACCAUCGGCACGGACUCCUUCAAUCAGAGCGUUGUGGGCGGCUACUCCGAGGACUCCACGUCGUUCAGCCCGUCCGUCGUGCAGUGGCUGCGCUCCGACGGCUCAAUCGGCUACUUCAACCUGUAUCCUACCGAAACCGCCCUACAGGCCCAGGUUACUCCCUACGCGCUGAACCUGACCUAUCCCCUCGGGAACGCCACAAGCUCAUUCACAUUUGUCCUUGCGUCCAACCCACUGGGCGCGAAACGAGAUAUCUUCGGGCUUGAUGACGUGGAUGGUCUUCAAAUCGAGGUGGUGGGCGGAACUGUUGAUCCUAUUCCCGAUAUCUCGUUCUGUGGUCUUGUUGGUGGGGCGUGCGAUAUCAUUCAUGAUUUUGAGUUCUGGAAUGUGACCUUUACCAUGCCGGCCAACAGCUCGGAUGUUCCGAGUGUGCAGUUUAAGUUUGCGUUGUAGGUAGGGCUGGGAAGUUGAGGGUUGAGGUGUGUAUAUAUGCGUCUGAGGUAGGUGGUAUAUAUUUGCAGUUUCCGCGUUUUAUGUCCCAUACGACACUUUGAGGAUCGAAUAUAAAUGGGACAAGAGAAACCAUAAAACAGAUUUCAGCAUCAUAC